CUUCACACAUUUUCCUGAUCAUUAUGGGAAGCGGUAGUAGUCGUGAGCCGGUGGUAGGAGCGCCCGCUAAUCCGAGAGUGGUUUACGCUGACAAACUGGCUAAACAGGAAAAGAAGACUGUACUUCUGGACACUCCAGUGUUGAUUGAUGUGCAGCAUGGGUCUAUCCGAUACAGAUACACACAGUAUGAUGGGGAGCCGAGGAACAAAGCACAGAGAGUUGAGAAGCCGUAUGAGGGAAUAAAAGCUUGUGGCAAAACAAAUUACUUUUACCAUUCACGUCUCAACACAUUUGGAUCAGAUGCAGACAAACAACCAAAGGAUGGAUUAAAGGUGUUGCAUGUGACACACGGUCCUGUUAGAGUCCGACAGAAGAAACUGUUCUAUGUGUACGGUCAUGGCUGGGAUGCGGAAGACGGAUUGCGUGUAAAACCGACUCUCACUAAGGAAGAAGGAAAAGACUUCAGCUGGCCAGAAGUUCGCAUUCCUAAUGACCUUUACUACAACUUACUUUUCACAAACCAAGAUGGCGGAACUUCCAAGAUGGCUGAAGAUGUACCCAGUGAUGAUUUACAGUCAGUGUCAGAUAAGACUAAAAUCAGAUUAACCCUUUGUGACACAGAUCGAGUGUCUGGUGUUAGAGCUAAGCUAGCAAUCAAGUUGAUGAAGGCAGCCAGCAACAUCCAUGUUUGUUAUAACAAGCAAGAACUGAGAAAUGAUGAUGUUAUAAAAGAUCUGCAAUCUGAAGGAAAUGGAAUGGAAUUAUUUUCUGUGGAGAUGGAAUUGAUCUGAUUUGGUUCAGUUUAUUCCAUUUUAUUAUCUGCUGACCUAGAGGAAAUUGGGGUUUUGUUUAUGUUUUUAAGCCUAAAUCGACACAAAUAAAUAAUAUAAUGAUGAUGUAGUGACUAGAAAACCUGUGAUAUGGCCAUGUUUUGUGAUUGCUUUUGUUAUAUAAGCUGUAAAAAAAUGUUUUAUUGUUUUAUUUUUCUUGCUCUUUUGAGUCUUGUUUUGUUUUUUUAAUGUAUUUUCAUGUAUUUUCUUUGUGUACACUGUAUUUGUAUCACUGUAGGAAAUUGUGUUUGUUUUUAUUUUAUAUACAUCUGCAUUUGUUUUAAAGGCAUGCUUGUACACAACAACCAAUUUCUAGGUUAAACAUAUUGAAAGAAAUAUGUACCACAACAGAUAGUUAUGUGUCAAUGGUGCACCAUGAAAUAUUUCUGGAGUAAAAGAAGCUGCAGCUGUGGGCUCCGUUCCAUGAAACAAUCAUAGCUAAGGUUAAUUGUAGUGACGUACGGUGAAUUUUACAACUGGCACUGUAAACUUUACAGCUGUUCCGCAAAGCAACCUUACAGUAGUCAUAAGUGCCCCUUAGAAUUAGUUAUAUAAUACAUUGGUUACACAACAUUCAAAACAUCUUGGGUGUAUUCAAUGGUAUCAGACAUCCAUAAAGUAACUUUGUCAGUUUAUUUGCUAAGCGAUAAUUGCCGAAUGCCUAAGACAUGAGAGUUACCUCCAAAAAGUUUUGUGUGACAGUCGUAUGGCUUAGAAUGUUUUUCAUUGAACAUUUUAUAAAAGGUAUUUUGUGUAUAUCAGAUCCAUUUUUACCCAAAGAGUUUGUAUCCAUAAUAGAAAAUCAUGAAGUAAUCAUCUCACUGCCAUUUGACAUCUACGUUAGUGGCUUAUAUUUCACCAAUUGUAAAUUUUCACCGUAAUUUACAACGAUAGUAAGCUGAUGGAACGGGCUGGCGAUCAUAGAAAAAAGUUAUGGUCGCGAUGGUAGGUAUUUAUAACAAUUGGUAGAAAUAUAUGACAUUGAUUAUUUGUAAAAAUACUAUUAUCUAUUUCACAUAAAUUAAUAUACUUUUAUUUAGUAUACAGUUUUUAUGCAGUAUAUGUUAGAUGUUGAAACCAGUACAGGGUAGUAUUUAAAAAAAAUGGAACUAAAAAAAUGCUGUUUAGUGGGGGUGGGGGGGGGGGGUGGGGGGGUGGGGGG